UCAAUGAUCUCACGCUAGAGAGAAACGAAGGAUAAAAUAUUGAAAGAGACUGUCUUGAAUCCUGUUCAGCACACAUAAAUAUUUAUUUACAAAACAUCCUUUAGCCGUAAAAUUAUAAAAGCUGUGCGUCAGCUUAUAUAAACGUAAGAAAACAGAGAAAUCAUUGGCGCUACCUGUAGACAUAACAAGGAUAUAGAUAGAAACCGUUAUAGAACAAGUAACAAUUAAAAAAGUGUAUCAAAAACUUGGAUAUAGCAAAGAUUUGCACGCGAAAAUCUAAGUAAGGAUAGUUUCUAAUGUAAGCUACAUCUUAUCUCUUUAUCUUAAAAGCACGAUUGGAAACAUUUGUACAUACAUCUCCGGUGAAGAAAAAUGUUUAUCUAACGCAGAGAAGCUAUGUAAAGUGUCAAAACGACCUCUACGUUAUCUCGAACUCAAAUCAUUUUCUCCCAGAUAUUCUUUUCAAGUCGUUUUCUGUCGGCCAUCUCGACCCCUUGCUGUUCUGAACUAUUUUUCGCUUCCCUCAAGAUGGCUAGCGCGUAUAAACUAGAUGUUUUGACAAAUAAAGAGCAUGGCCUGUCUGGGCCACUUUAUAUGUCAACAUGUAACCUCCUGACUUCUAAAUCACUUAUCCGCAUUAUUGCAGCACGGUGUUUUCCGUAAACAACGACGUGAACCAGCUCAGCUGAAAUGUGUUUGAAGCCACGUUUGAGUCACUCAUGGCAUAUCAUGUGUUCUCGUUUCGGUCUCGUUACUCUGUAACUUAAUUACGUUUCUGUGUUAUUUUUUUCCCAAGCUUAAUAUAAUUAACGGCGGCUUGAGAAUUCGUGUUUUGUGCUAUAUCCGCCGUUUUUAUAUUAAAACAACUUCUCAUCUAAUAUCUGAUCUCAUCUGAAACCGUUUAAGGUUUUAGAUUUCGUCAUUCAGCACGACAAUAAGUGUAUAGAGUGCAUUUGAUGACAGGUAUAUUUGCAUACACUCAAUAAUAUUCGUCUUCCUGUACUCAAGAGGUCAGCAAAUUUUACAAGAUCUUGAACAAUUUCAACAAGAAAAUUGUAAACUUUUGAGAGAAUGGGUCAAUACUUCAGUGACAUCACCACGGCAACCCAUUUCGCCCCAGGACUUUUUUCAGACAGUCAUGUGUAGAACAUCUCAGAAGCAAAGCAAACAAGCCGAAUCACACGGGCAAACAACAAACUUUAUAACAAUAGUGCAAAGUUUACAAAGGCUUCUACAAAACUCAAUCAUCUCUUAUGCUAAUAGUUUCAAAGAACUGUUUAACGCGAUUGGUCAACAUUGGGUCCUUCCAUUUACACACAGAAUACUGGCCGGACAACAUAUUCUCCACGGGAUCCAAAAAUUUUUCGUCCGCGAGUUUUCUGGAUACAAAGAAAUUGACCUUCUGGAGUUUGAACCUAAAUGGUAACUAAUAUCAAGACUGCGUCAGGACGAGGGAGACAAGAUUUCACCGCUAACAAAAUAUGAGUACAAAUGGUGGAAGCUCUAACGGUUCUUCGCUCGAAGACAAAUAUGGAAGUGCCAGAGUGGCUUCGGUUGUGUACCUGUGUGCAGUCGGAGUUUGUGGAAUCAUUGCAAAUUCUCUGGUCAUUUUUGUAUUCUGGAAAUAUCCGAAGCUGAGAACGGCUGCUAAUCUGUUUAUUUUUAACCUUGCAUUCUGCGAUUUGAUGCUAUCGAUUUUAGACAACACUUUUUCCGUAGCAUCUACGCUCUAUGGCGAAUGGUUGUUCGGCCAAGCCGGUUGUGUUUCGUACGGAUUUUUCCACUAUUUCUUCAUCUGCUGUACUGUUUCGACGCUGGCUGCCAUUUCUGUGGAUCGUUUCUUUUUCAUCACUCGGCCAAGCCAAACCAGAGCGGCUCAAGUAAUUACGAGAAAAAAGGCGAUUGGAAUAUUACUGAUAAUCUAUCUGUACACUCUUUUGUUUACGUUUCCUCCAUGCGUCGGAUGGAACUCUUUUGUGGAGGAAAAAAUCUUCUACAGUGGUUGUUAUAUCAAUUACGGCGAUCAAAGAACGUCUUCAAUAGUUUAUUCAGUGAUUGCACCGGCUUUUUUAUUCAUGGUUCCACUUACAAUAAUGAUUUAUUGCUACGCAAGAAUUUUCAUCGCCGUUCGUCGAAGCACACAACGAACAAUCGGAAGAACACUUACCACGACGUCUUCUGUCAAGAAGAAAUAUCCUUUGUUAAAAAGAACGCACAUACAGACGGCCAAAAUGAUCAUUGUUGUCAUAUUUUUCUCCAUGAUUGUAUGGGUUCCGUAUGUCGUCGUUUCCUUGGUCAAGGCAGCAAAUGUCUACAUUGACCCGAUUGUGUCACACAUCACUGUACUCGUUGCCAAGUCGUGCGUGAUUUACAAUGUCCUUAUCUACGCGAUUCUAAACCGCAAACUAAAAGCUGCGAUCUUGGACGCGAUCUGCUGUGGAAGGCAAAGUUUUUCGCUUGUCGGCACCCCUAGUUCCGGAAAUAAUGCUAACAGAAAUCGAAUCAGUCGAAUUUUAAGCGAAACUGAAGUACCAUCUCAUGUCGCGGAAGCUCAAAAGAAUCGACUGAGCGCUUUGUCAUUGCAGCAAUCAUCGGAGCAUGUUCCUGAACAAUAUUCUGACCAUCUUUCUCCGCCUUUCAAUCCUAAAGCAAAGAACGGUGUUGUGAAAAGCGUAGAGUUCCAAGACGGUCAAAGAAGAGACAGCGUGUCGGUUGUUGUAAAUGGUGUCGGUGUGGUACCGCCAGUGACAAAUGGUUCGGUUUAUUCUGAAGUUUCAUUGAGGCGUAAGAAAGUUUCAAAGAUCCAGCGAAAUUCAGAUGCGACUCGUGCUAGCAAUGGAUCUAUAGUUAUCUCGGACGAUAUAGCACCUGAGAAGACUGUUUCGCCGCAGGGCGCUAGUGAAAAAAGUACGAAUUUGGAUUCGGAGGAUAAAACAUUGUCUGGCGGAGAACCCGCAAGAACAGAUUCACAAGUUAAUGCAGCGGCUGAUACGCCGCUAAGUACUUUACCGGCAGAAUCAACUGGCCGGCCGCUUCAACACGUUCACCACCUUUAUUCGUCAAGAUCAACCAAGAAUAAACGCUCGCAAACUUUAUCAUCGCCUUCGCAAUUGUACAAGAAAGGCACGCGACCCAUUGCCGCGCAACAGGUCUCCAAAAGGACUUCGCCCGAUUCGAGUAUUCCGCGCGCAAGCACCAGCACAGAUCAAGAAAGCGAUCUUUCGAGGAGAGAUUCUCGCGAGAGUUCUUUCGUUCAGCGAUCAGUGAGCAGUACUCACAGACCUAAAAAGCCGCGACCUGGCAAUAGAACAAAUGCGAAACACGCGCCCUCGCGCAGGAAAAGUUAUGCCAAUGGCGGAAGGGGCAACAUAGACCCGCUUCAAACUUCAGCCCAAGAAUUGCUGGAGAUACAGAAUUAUUGGAAGCGAAUGAGCCUCUGUUUAGACGACAUCGAUCUGGAUGAGGUGACGAGAGAGGUGGACAUGGUUUAGAUAGGUUUUUUUUUCUAUAAGGAGUCUUUUCCUUUCCCUGAAAGAAAAUGAUUAACGUAUCUGCACUCUGCACGCAAGAUACCUUGGUACACGCGCGCGACAUUUCGCGCGCAUUAUUUUCGUAACGCGUGCGAUAUUUUGUGCAAAAUCAUGCUACGCUUUGAUGGGUAAAGGGGAAAAUUUCUUACGAUAUACCAAGAGUAUAUCCAAGGCUCUGAUAUUUAUGGAGGAGUGUUACUUUAUAAUUGAAACAUACCACAAUCAUUGCUCUGUGUUUUAUUCAGGAAAACUGCUUUUAUGUAUUUAAAUACUUAACGUCUCAGACAAUGUUUAUUUUUUCAAUAUUUUCUGUCUCCUUUCUCAACCAGCUGUAGGCUUUGAAUUCUAAAUUUAGUUGCUUAAGUUGCUUCUCAAUUGACGCCUUAGACCGCCAUUUUUAGUGACUACUAAUGGUGGGUUUUCACCAGGGCAUAAGCUUAAACCGACAUAGUCAGGUGUUGGUAUUCAGUACCUUUUGUUAGAACAAUUUCCUGACAAAAGACGUUACUUAGCAAUACCUUAAUGCGUCUGGGUAUGUUGUUAAUACUAGUGCUUAAGUGCUAGUGAAAACCACUUUUAAGUCACUGCAUAUGCAGUGUAGA